UUUAAAAAUUUUAAUUUCAAUUUGUGUUUAACCUCCAUCCAUGGCGGCCGGAAACAAUGACUGGGAUCUCUCCGCCGUCGUCCGGAGCUGCAAUUCAGCAGCUUACAGGACAACCCCAACUGCCACCGCCGCCACAGAAACCGACUUGUCUUGUCUCGCCUCUUUAACAUUCAACGACGAUCCAAACGACGUCGCAUUCUCCUUUCCCGACAUACUUCAACCCCAACAACAACACGACGGCUUCGAUGAAUUACACCAAGCUAUCUGUUUUCUUCCCAACUCCAUCACCGCCGCCGUCACCAUCGCGCCGGAAAUUCCCACCGCCACCACAAACCGUUACUUUCAAGAGGAAAUUACACCCUUUCUGCCGCAGCCGGAUCCUGUGGAGGCGGCAGAGACGGCGGCGGCGCUGCAGAACCAUCACCACCACCAAAUCCAGCCUUCGUUCCCGCCGGAAUUCCCAAAUUCGCCAAUGGUGCAAUCUAACAUACCUAAAUCGAGAAAAAGAAAAAAUCAACAGAAGAGAACUGUAUGCCAUGUUACUGCAGAUAAUCUCUCAACAGACAUGUGGGCUUGGCGUAAGUAUGGGCAAAAGCCCAUUAAAGGAUCUCCAUAUCCAAGAAACUAUUACCGUUGCAGCAGCUCAAAAGGGUGUGGGGCCAGAAAGCAAGUUGAACGGAGCAACGCCGAUCCCGAUUCUUUCAUCAUCACUUACACCGGCGAACACAUUCAUCCACGUCCGACUCACCGGAAUUUCCUCGCCGGAAGUUCACGGAACAGGUCACUCUCCUCCGUCACCAACAAAAACCCCACUGGAGAUCCCAAUCCAUCUCUGACCACCACUGCUCUGGUGGGCUCUGGUUCUUCACCGGCUGAUUCUCCGAUGACACCGUUCAACGAUGACUAUGGCGGAGGAGACGAGAAAGAGGGAGAGAUGUUUGAGGAUAUGGCGAUCGAUAGCGAUGAUGAUUACGACGAUAUUCUGAUUCCAAACUUGAUGGUGAGAGAUGAAAUCUUUGCUGGGUUUGAUGAGAUUAGGAGGCGGCGACCACCAUAAUUCCGGCAACCGUGGGGGCGGAUUGAACUGAAAUAAUACUUUUCUUAAUCACAGAAUGACUUUAGUCAUAUAAUCAUGUAAUUAGAUUUGGUUUAA